ACAGUUACACAGUAGUCUUUUUUGAAGAAGUGAAAAUGUUACUGUAAUUUUUAAUCUGUUGUCAAGAAUCCCAUUCCCACCAAACACACAAACAUACUGGUGUCUGGUCUUAAAUCCGCAUAAAUCUCAGGCAAACCAAACCUGCCAUGAAACUGACGAUACCAAAGACGACGACGACGACUCUAAUCGAUUCUGACCACCAUGAACACCAAUCAAACUCCAACACAACCCACCACCGUUUGACUCCUCGAACAACCAAAAAGUCGCAAUCUUUCGAGUUUCAAUUCACAAUUUGAACAACAAUCCCAUCUGGGUUCGUUUCCAAUCGAAUGAUCGAUUCCAUGGCCACCGAAGAGAACAAAAUCAAGGAAGUCCUCUCCUUUACGAUUGACUUAUCGGAGCGAGUCCGCCACGCCGCCGAGGAGGCCGAGUCGUUCAAGGUCGACUGCGCCGAAGUCGGCAAACAAGCUGACCGCCUCAUCACAAUGAUCUGGGCCGCCGCCCGGUUCGCCACCUCCACCGGUUCCCUCUACGAGCGCCCCAUCCGCCGCAUCGUCGCCGACGUGUCGAAGAACCUCGACCGUGCCCUAACCCUAGUCCGGAAGUGCAAGCGCCGCAGCGUCCUCCGCCGCGUCGUCACCAUCGUCUCCGCCGCGGAUUUCCGGAAAGUCACCACCCUCCUCGACGCCUCAAUCGGCGACAUGAAGUGGCUGCUCAGCAUCUUCGAGUCCAGUAGUGGCGGAGGAGGUAUUGUUCUCUCUAUGCCCCCAAUCGCGAGUAACGAUCCUAUUCUCUCUUGGGUUUGGUCUUUCAUUGCUUCGAUUCACUCCGGUCAAUUGAAUGAUCGAAUAGAGGCUGCGAAUGAACUGGCUUCGCUUGCCAAAGACAAUGAUCGGAACAAAAAGAUCAUCGACGAAGAAGGUGGCGUACCCCCACUCUUGAAGCUCCUGAAAGAGAACACCUCACCGGAGGCCCAAAGCGCCGCGGCGACGGCGCUUCUCAACUUGGCUAAUGAUCAAGAAAGGGUCCAUUCAAUCGCCGACGAACUUGGUGUUCCGAUUAUAGUUCAGGUUCUUGGUGAUUCUCCGAUGAGAGUUCAAAUUCGGGUGGCGAAUUUGGUUGCUAGAAUGGCAGAGCACGACCCAUUUGCUCAAGAGGAUUUUGCUAGAGAAAAUGCAAUCAGACCACUUGUGACUUUGUUGUCAUUUGAGACUUUUGUGGAUGAUACUACUAACCUUCAAUAUGGUAAGCAAAGCAUUCAUUCUCUUGUUCAGAUUAAUAAGGAGAUGGAGAGGAAUUCAUUAAUGUCAUUUAAUUACAAACCACAUUCGAAUUCGUCUUUAUCAUUGCAUUCUGAGGGUAGUAGUAGAGGAGGAGGGCAUCAUAGGAAAGAGAGAGAGAGUGAGAAGCCUCAAGUGAAGCUUGAGUUGAAAAUCACUUGUGCCGAGGCUUUAUGGAUGCUUGCUAAAGGUAGUGUGUCGAAUAGUAGACGAAUAACCGAGACAAAAGGGUUGCUUUGCUUGGCUAAACUUGUUGAGAAGGAAUCUGGGGAAUUGCAGUUUAAUUGUUUGAUGACGUUAAUGGAGAUAACAGCUGCAGCUGAAUACAAUGCUGACCUCAGAAGGGCGGCUUUCAAGACCAACUCUCCUGCUGCAAAGGCUGUUGUUGAUCAGCUCUUAAGGAUAAUCAAGGAGUCAGACAGUCCAACACUGAGAAUUCCGGCGAUAAAGUCCAUUGGUUCAUUGGCUCGGACCUUCCCGGCUAGGGAGACCCGUGUCAUUGGUCCCCUGGUCGAGCAGCUUAGCCAUAGGAACCAAGAUGUGGCUACAGAAGCUGCCAUAUCACUCGGGAAGUUUGUUUGUCCGGAUAAUUUUCUUUGUGCGGAGCAUUCUAAGACUAUAAUCGAGUUCAAUGGUGUCCCGCCUCUGAUGAGACUGCUGAGAGGCAAUGACAGGUCACUGUUGUAUGGACUGGUUCUCCUAUGCUACCUUGCAUUACAUGCUGGCAACAAUGAGGCAUUGAAACAAGCAAGAGUGUUAACUGCUCUUGAGGGGGCUGACCGUGCAGUCGUCACCCAUCCUGAGUUGAGAGAAUUGGUACCCCAGGCAAUCUACCACCUAAAUAUAUAUCAUACCGAUGUCCUUCCUCAAAGGCAGUCUUAUUCCCCAUGAUGAGAAAUGAGUCCAAUAUGGUGGGUAUGUAGUUGUAUUAUACUUGGACGAGGUUGAUACAUUUUGAUCAGAGGAAAGGAAUGGUUAAUAGAAAGGCAUAUUGUUGCUCAAUAUUGAAUAUUUAUUGUUCAUCUUAAUUGGUGUUCUGACAAAGGAGUAAUACAUUAUCUUAAGAAAGAUUAAAUGUUCACAUACCCUGUUUCCUGCUCAUAUUGUGGUUGAUAUGUUGUUUUAUGGAAAAUCAAGUUCUUUAUGUA